GGGUGGAGAAGUUGUUGGUAUUUAUCCAACGCUGUUGCUUUCUACAGCAGGGGGAAGAAGUGAAGGACGUUUUUGACGCGUUUUUAAGCCAAGCAGAUGCCGCUGAAGGAUCCGUGUCAGAAGCAGGCUUGCGCCAUACAGAAGUGUUUACAAGCCAACAACUACAUCGAAAGUCGGUGUGAGGAUGUGAUCCGGGCGAUGAGAAAGUGCUGUGAGGUUCAUACAGGAAAGAACUCUGUGUGCUGCACCGGGUUUACACAGGAACACAAAAACACUGAGGAUAAAUCCGAGCGAACUGAACUACCUAGAACAUAAUAUCAUCUGUUUAAGACAUGCAUAUAUAUACACAUACACUGUAUGGCCAAAAGUAUGUCCACCCUGACCAUCACAAUUUUCCUUCACUGGAACUAAGACUCCCAAACCCUGCUCCAUCACGACAAAGUCCCUGUGCACAAAGCAGCACCACCAUGAAGACAUGGUGUGGAGGUGAAGGUUGGAGAAAGUGGAAGAACUGGAGCGUCCUGCACAGAGCCCCGAGUCUGACUCAACCCCACUGAACACCCUUUGGGAUGAACUGGAGUCUCGUCAACAUCCCAACAUCAGAGUCUGAUCUCACUAAUGCUCUUGUAGCUGAAUGAACACACAUCCUCACAGAUACCCUAGGAUCUAGUGGAAAGCUUUCAGAGAAGAGAAGAGUGGAGCUCAUUACAACAGGAAAGAGGAGAAUAAAUCUGGAUUAAGACGUUCAACAAGAACGUAUGGGUGUGAUAGUCAGGGUGCACAGACUUUUGGCUGUAUAUAAUAUAAACGUGCCACUGUUCAUUGUUCUAAAAAUGUGCUUCAGUGUUGAUUAAAAGA